GGGGCCGCCUGACUGAAGCUCGGCGGGGGGAUGCUGCCGCCGCUGCUGCCGCUGCCGCCGCUGCCGCCGACGCAGAGAUGGAGUUGAAUCCCAAAAACAACAAAGUGUGGGACAGAGUUUGAGACAAAGGGCGGAGGGGUCGCGUUGGUUCUCUGACCGCCGGAUGGGUUUUUGGUGAAAAUAAAAGCGGAGGAAAUAUUUAUUUUAGGAAAAAUGAAGCUGCUGAAGCCGAGCUGGGUGAGCCACAACGGCAAACCCAUAUUUUCAGUCGACAUCCACCCUGAUGGCACAAAAUUUGCAACCGGUGGGCAAGGAGAGGAUUCUGGCAAGGUGAUGAUCUGGAACAUGGCGCCAGUCCUCAGAGAGGAGGACGAGAAGAACGAGAAUAUUCCCAAAAUGCUUUGCCAGAUGGACAAUCACCUAGCGUGUGUAAACUGUGUGCGCUGGUCCAACAACGGGCUGUACCUGGCAUCAGGAGGAGACGACAAGCUGGUCAUGGUGUGGAAGAGAGCCGCGUAUGUAAACACAAAACAAACACAACGUGUGCAAACACACAAGAUCCGUCUGCCGCUCUGCUCCAGACUUCAUGUUGAGAAAGUUUUAUCGAGUUAG